AUGCCUUCGCUUUCAGGUAGCAAGGCAGCUACGCCCAAACGGCCACCAAUGAGCAAGAUUCGCUCGUGGUCAGCUGGCCUCGGCGCCAAGCUGGGUUCUAGCUCUAGCAACGACAAGCAAGACCUCGCCUCCGAAGUAGAGCUCCGCAAGAAGGGUAUCGACAACCUCUACACCUCCACCGAAGCAUACUGGUCCUAUCUCGGCAAGAAAAAGCCGGUUCCCUUCGACACCUCCACGCUACCUGUCGAUGAUACCUCUUCCAUCACCACCGGUACGGUCACGUCCAAGCCAGAGGGAAAGAUGCUCCCUGUGGAAGCCAUGGGCUGGGCGAUGAGCUCUUUCAGCACCGCUUUUCCAGAUGGCUCUGCUUAUGGAUCCUGUCUGGGGCUCUUGGGUGAAGCGCACAUCAAGCUCGGCUACUUGCAGUCCACCUUCACCAAAGAUACUUCGCAUAUAUUCCUUGCCAGGAUUGCACGCUCCAAGGCCGCACUGGAUUCGUUCACUGCUGCGCUCAAGAAGCUUGGCAGCGCCACUGCCCGGUUGGAGUCGGCACAAAGUAAAGUGCAAAAGAGCAGGAAAGAGAAGCGAGAGCUCGAGGAGGAAUUGCGUCUCGCCAAAGCAGCUUAUGACGAGUCUGUCACUGAUGUUGAAGCGAGAGCAGAGGCGAUUCAGGAUGCAGAAUAUGAUGACUGGCAGUGCUUGACAACGUACAUGCAGGCACAAGUGGACUAUACUGCUCAAGCUACAGCUGUUUUGGAACAGGUCAAAUCAAUGUGGGGACAGCCUCCGCCUUCCAGGGCGAACUCCGGGGCCAACACCCCGGUCACUAGACCAAGGUCGCUGUCUGGACCUGGCGCACCCAAGCUGCGUCCAUCUAUCUCGCGUCGUUCCAGCGCCAAGGAUACAGGCGAGUUCGCGACAGCAACUUCGAGUCGAUUUGGGUCUAGGUCUUCACUGAGCCUGUCGAACAUCGAUCGGCCCUCUUCUCCGACUGAUGAGACGAAGCGAGAGAAAGAGAAGAACAAGAAGAGCAGGUUGCGUAUGCCCUCUUUCACUGGGGCGGGUGACACUGUUGCUUCUGUUGCUUCAGGUAUCGGUUCUUUUGGCAGAGCAAAGAGUUCGAGCCUGUUCGGAAAUGGUAGUACUGGCGCGAACGGAGAGGGAUCCCCUAGUCCGGAGAAGGAACGUGAGGGGCCAAGCAAAUGGAACUUCAAAACUCGCUCAAAGAAGGAGUAUGGGUUCAUGUCGAUGGAUGAGGCAGAGAAGACGGCCUUCGAGAGCAAUGGUGCUGGAUCGCGUCCACCUGCACUUCCAGUCAGGGACUAUGUCCGACAGCCAGUCUCUGCUCAUGAUGUCCAUCUAGGCGGCGAUCUUGAUGGCUCUGUUGACGGACACGGCGAUGCUUCCCCCAACUUCAGGCUCUCCUGCGCUGAUGACGACUCCGACGAUGAAGAGUUCAGUGCUGGGCAUGAGCCAUCCCCUUUCUCUCCCGACCCCGAUUCUCAAAACUUUCUCAACGCCUCAAAGCGUCGUUCAGUCCACGACACUAUCCAUGAGCGAGGCGAGUCACAACUUAGCAGCGAAAUACACAUCAUGGACAGCGGCUUCCUCGGCACCUCUUCUGCUCCCCAUCAAGCUCAUCUCUCGCUCAGCCAUACCGGUCUUUCUGCAUAUUCGGAUGGAGGAGAUCCAUUCGGUAAUGCGUCUUCUGCUAUGUCACCGCAGGCAACGGGUGGUAGAUUCAAUGAUGACUCCACCGAUGAAGAGGAAGAGAGACAGGGUCUGACUGCAGGCAACCUAGUCGAUAGUACAGGUGAGAGAAGGGGAGUGGAGCCAUCUGCGAGCUGGAAGAACUUGGCGGCUGGCAUGUUGAACGGCAUUGGAAAUGGGACUGGCGGAGGAAGCGCGAGAGGACCGCCACCGCCGAUUCCGUCCAGUGCUUCGUUCUUGAGCAAGAGCAAGGCGAGGUUGGCGCCUCCGCCGCCGCCUUUGCCUUCGAGAAACAGUCAGUAG